UCGCAUCGGUAACGUAACGUGACGCAAAUUGUUUAACGCAAAGCGAAUGUAGCGAAGUUGCACUGGUGGCGACAGACAGGCCUAAGUAGGCUCGCGGCUGUCACCAACUCGUCUUCAUAGCACGAAGAACGUUAGUUUAAGGGAAAAGAGUACGAUCGGUCGCCACGGUCGCGUGCGCACCGGCUCUCAAUCGCCGCCAUGGCCGCCGAGAUCGAGCAGCUGGAGCACCUCUCGCUGGUCUCCAAGCUGUGCACUGAGCUCGACAAUCACCUGGGUAUCAACGACAAAGACCUGGCCGAGUUCAUCAUCGCGCUGGCUCAGAAGCACACCACGUUCGGCGCCUUCAAGCGGGUGCUGGAGCAGAACGGUGCUGAGUUUCCCGACUCUCUGACGGCCAGCCUGCUGCGCAUCAUCCAGCUUAUGCGGCCAGUCGGCGCCGAGCCGAGCGCUGCCACCGCGGCCACUGCCGCCGCCGAGACUGACGGCGGCCGGUUGGACCCGGGGCACACCCGGCAGGAGGAGCGGCGUGCCCUCGUGCCCGCGCUCGCCCUGAAGAACGACCCCGCCAUGAGGACCAUGCUGAUCGACGAGAUAAAAAAGGAAGACGGGGAAGCCAAAGUCAAGCUGGAGAACGACGCCCUCAUUGACGACGCGAUGGGCGCGCUCGAGAUGCUGGCACCCUCCCGACAAACUGCAGUUAAACCAGAAACCGACAGGCGGCGCCGAAGUCGCAGUCGGAGUCGCGAGAAGCGCCGGCGGCACAGCCGGAGCCGAAGCCGCAGCGGCGACCGCAAGCGCCGGCGCCACCGCAGCCGCUCGCGCUCUCCAGGCCAUCGGCGCCACGACGAGUCCCGAUCGCGCGACCGGUCUCGGCGCGAGCGGUCUCGCUCGCGAGACCGUUCCCGCCGCGAACGUGACCGACACGACCGGCCUCGCCACGAGCGGUCCCGCUCUCGCGAUCGCAGCCGCGAACGACGCCGCAGCCGCGAGCGGCCGGCACUGGACGACGAGCCGGUGGUGGGCAAGGUAUACGACGGCAAGGUGGUCAACAUAAUGAACUUCGGCUGCUUCGUGCAGCUGGAGGGGCUGAAACGCCGCCUGGAGGGCCUGGUGCACAUCUCGCAGCUGCGCCGCGAGGGCCGCGUGGCUGACGUGAACGAGGUGGUGUCGCGCGGUCAGGCCGUCAAAGUCAAGGUCCUCUCGUUCACCGGCCAGAAGACGUCGCUGACAAUGAAGGAGGUGGAUCAGCAGACGGGCGAGGACCUGAACCCCAGCCUGGCCGUACGCGUGGCCGACGACGGCCUGCUGGCGCGCAACCCGGACCGGCCCACCGAGCAGCGCGGCGCGCCGGCCAUCGACGACGACGCGCUGAACGCGGUACGGCGCGUGCAGCGGAUCUCGUCGCCGGAGCGCUGGGAACUGAAGCAGAUGAUCGCCGCCAACGUGAUCGACAAGUCCGAGUACCCCGAGUUCGACGAGGAGACGGGUGUGCUGCCGCGUGUCGACGAGGACGAUGCGGAGGUGGAGAUCGAGCUGGUGGAGGACGAGCCGCCGUUCCUUAUGGGCCACGGCCGCGCGGCUGCCGACCUCAGCCCGGUACGCAUCGUCAAGAACCCGGACGGCUCGCUGGCGCAGGCGGCCAUGAUGCAGGGCGCGCUCUCCAAGGAGCGGCGCGAGCAGAAGAUGGCACAGCGCGACGCCGAGGCGGCGCUGGCGGCGCCACAGGAGCGGCCCAACUGGAAUGACCCAAUGCCUGAGGUGGACGCGACAGCGCGCGAGGGCGUGGGCGGCCGCGGCGGGCCCAGCGGCUCGCUCGGCCAGGACCUGCCCGAGUGGAAGAAGCAUAUCACGUCCGGCGCGCGCGGCUCCUACGGCAAGAAGACCAACAUGAGUAUUAUUGAGCAGCGCCAGUCACUGCCCAUCUACAAGCUGAAGCAGCAGCUGGUGAAAGCCAUCACCGACAACCAGAUCCUGAUCGUGAUCGGCGAGACAGGCUCUGGCAAGACGACGCAGAUGACCCAGUACCUGGCCGAGGCCGGCUACACGGUCAAGGGCCGGAUCGGCUGCACGCAGCCACGCCGCGUGGCGGCCAUGUCGGUGGCCAAGCGCGUGGCCGAGGAAUACGGCUGCAUGCUCGGCCAGGAGGUCGGCUACACCAUCCGCUUCGAGGACUGCACUAGCACGGAAACGGUCAUCAAGUACAUGACGGAGGGCAUGCUGCUGCGAGAGUGUCUCAUCGACCCGGACAUGUCCACCUACUCAUGCAUCAUGCUAGACGAGGCGCACGAGCGCACUGUGAGCACGGACGUGUUGUUCGGCCUGCUGAAGCAGACCAUCAAGCGGCGACCGGACAUGAAGCUGGUGGUGACGUCGGCCACGCUCGACGCCGUCAAGUUCUCGCAGUACUUCUUCGAGGCGCCCAUCUUCACGAUUCCCGGCCGCACGUUCCCGGUGGAGAUCCUCUACGCCAAGGAGCCGGAGACGGACUACCUGGACGCGUCGCUCAUCACCGUCAUGCACAUCCACCUGAACGAGCCGCCCGGCGACGUGCUGCUCUUCCUCACCGGUCAGGAGGAGAUCGACACGGCGUGCGAGAUCCUGUACGAGCGCAUGAAGUCGCUGGGGCCGGACGUGCCCGAGCUCAUCAUCCUGCCGGUGUACUCGUCGCUGCCGUCGGAGAUGCAGACACGCAUCUUUGACCCGGCGCCGCCCGGCUCACGCAAGGUCGUCAUCGCCACGAACAUCGCCGAGACGUCGCUCACCAUCGACGGCAUCUACUACGUGGUGGACCCGGGCUUCGUCAAGCAGAAGGUGUACAACUCGAAGACGGGCAUGGACUCGCUGGUGGUUACCCCCAUCUCGCAGGCACAGGCUAAGCAGCGCGCCGGCCGCGCCGGCCGCACCGGGCCCGGCAAGGGGUACCGGCUCUACACAGAGCGCGCUUACCGCGACGAGAUGCUCACCACCAACGUGCCCGAGAUCCAGCGCACCAACCUGGCCGCUGUGGUGCUGCAGCUCAAGGCCAUGGGCAUCAACGACCUCAUCAGCUUCGAUUUCAUGGACCCGCCACCGAUGGAGACGAUGGUGAUCGCGUUGGAGCAGCUGCACUCGCUGUCGGCGCUGGAUGACGAGGGUCUGCUGACCCGGUUCGGCCGGCGCAUGGCCGAGUUCCCGCUCGACCCGAACCUCUCCAAGAUGCUCAUCAUGUCCGUGCAGCUGCAAUGCUCAGACGAGAUCCUCACCAUCGUCUCCAUGCUGUCCGUGCAGAACGUGUUCUACCGGCCCAAGGACAAGCAACAGCUGGCGGACCAGAAGAAGGCCAAGUUCAACCAGCAGGAGGGCGACCACCUCACGCUGCUCGCCGUCUACAACUCGUGGAAAAACAACAAGUUCAGCAACCCCUGGUGCUACGAGAACUUCGUGCAAAUCCGCACGCUGAAGCGGGCCCAGGAUGUGCGGAAGCAGCUGAUGGGCAUCAUGGACCGGCACAAGCUGGACGUGGUCAGCUGCGGCAAGAACGUGGCACGCGUCCAGAAGGCCGUCUGCUCCGGGUUCUUCCGCAACGCGGCCAAGAAGGACCCACAGGAGGGAUACCGCACGCUGGUCGACUCGCAGAACGUCUACAUCCAUCCGUCAUCGUCGCUGUUCAACCGCCAGCCGGAGUGGGUUAUUUACCACGAGCUGGUACAGACAACCAAGGAGUACAUGCGUGAGGUCACCACCAUUGACCCCAAGUGGCUGGUAGAGUACGCGCCCUCUUUCUUUAAGGUGUCCGACCCAACCAAACUGUCCAAAUUCAAGAAGAACCAGCGCCUGGAGCCGCUGUACAACAAGUACGAAGAGGCCAACUCGUGGCGGAUAUCCCGCGUGCGCCGAAGACGGAAUUAGCACGGCCCUGCUCGCGCUCCUCUGCUCCCUAUGCGCUUGUGUCAUCGCUCGCAGCGCGAGUGUCAUCGUGUCAUUCAUGCUUGUCGUGGCUCGUCGAAGCUAGACGAAAGAAUAUAUUUAAUAGGAAAUGUC